GGCGUGGCUCUUCUACCAGCCCCUAAUUGCUAUAAGUGUAACAACCCCGUCCGAUUUGUCAUUCAGCUGUUGUCGACAGGAAACCACUAACAGCAGUCAACUGACACAGCCAAGAAUUUGGGUUUCUUCUCUCUCUCUCUGUGCUUUAAGGAUUAAAACAUAUCCAGAAGAGCUUAUGUGCUUAAGUACACACCCGGCAAAGGAUUUCUCAACUCUGGAUGACUGCUAGAAUUUAAAGGGCUAUGCUAUAACCCGCCCAAGGAACAGACCGAGGAUGGGUUUGCUUGGGAGCAAAAACCAGCAUAUGCCCAAGGAGCAUUGCGACGGCAUGAAUAAGCAAAGGCAUCAUGUGUUUUCUAAGAAGAAGACUCCACCACCGCCCCCGGUCAGACCCAGGAAUUGCGCCUCACAUUUCAGCCAGUCAUCAGCCCAAGAGGACCACAUUGUGAUCGCCCUUUAUGACUUCACCUGCACAAGCGAACGAGACUUGGAGAUGGUCAAGGGAGAGAAACUUCAGGUCCUUUCAUGCGACGGUGACUGGUGGCUGGCAAAAUCUCUCACCACGGGGAGGAAAGGUUAUGUCCCCAGUAACUUCGUUGCGCAGGUGGAUACCUUGGAAGUGGAAAAGUGGUUUUUUAAAACUAUUAGCCGAAAGGAAGCCGAACGACUGCUUUUAGCUCCUGGUAACAAAGCCGGCGCUUUCCUUGUAAGAGAGAGUGAAACGUGCAAAGGUGCCUAUUCUCUGUCUGUGAGAGACAGUGAUGCUACCAGCGGUGAUAUCAUCAAACACUACAGGAUCCGUACCCUGGACGGCGGGGGAUACUACAUCUCCCCAAGGACCACCUUCUCCUCGCUGCAUCAGCUCGUCCAUUAUUACUGUACCAAGGGCGACGGUCUUUGCCAGAAGUUGACGGUUCCAUGCGCAUUGCUGAUCCCCCAGAGACCCUGGGCGCAGGACGAAUGGGAGAUCCCACGGGAGUCCUUGAAACUUGUGAAGAAACUUGGUGCUGGGCAGUUUGGGGAAGUGUGGAUGGGCUAUUACAAGAGCAACAUAAAGGUGGCUGUGAAGACCCUGAAGGAAGGCAGCAUGUCCCCGGACGCCUUCCUGGCUGAGGCAAACCUGAUGAAGAGGCUCCAACAUGACAAGCUGGUCCGGUUGUAUGCCGUGGUCACCAAGCAGCCGGUCUACAUUGUGACAGAGUUCAUGGCCAAUGGAUGCUUGUUGGAUUAUCUGAAGACCGAUGAAGGAGGCCAGUUGAAUCUCUCGAAACUCAUUGACAUGUCAUCCCAGGUGGCCGAAGGCAUGGCAUACAUCGAGAGAAUGAACUCCAUCCACCGCGACCUGAGAGCAGCGAACAUCCUCGUCUCAGAGAUGCUCUGCUGCAAAGUUGCUGAUUUUGGCUUGGCCAGGAUAAUAGAAAAUGAAUACCUGGCACAGGAAGGUGCCAAAUUCCCUAUCAAAUGGACAGCGCCGGAAGCAAUUAACUACGGGGUUUUCACCAUCAAAUCCGACGUCUGGUCUUUCGGCGUUCUCCUCACAGAGAUUAUCACCUACGGCAGGAUCCCAUAUCCAGGCAUGACCAACCCGGAGGUGAUCCGCAACGUGGAACGGGGCUACCGGAUGCCCUGCCCAGACGGCUGCCCCGGCGAGCUCUACAGCAUCAUCCUGAAGUGCUGGCGGACCAGGCCCGAGGAGCGACCCACCUUUGAGUACCUGCAGUCCGUGCUCGAGGACUUCUACACAGCCACGGAGAAGCAAUACGAGCCAGAGCCAGGGCAGUAGCACCAGGCCACUGCGCCUGCAUGAGGCAGCGUGCUGGAGGAGAGGGGCCGUCUCCGCGAUGCUGGCUGGAGGGGACUGUCAGGCUGUUCUAAUACGGUGCCCCAUGGACCUCUCAGCUGGACCUGCUCCCCCCCCCUUUGCUUCUGUGCCUUUGGGGAGGGGGUCUGAGAGGAGUGGGCAGGACACUCAGGACACAGAGACCAUGAGAAGUGCAAUCAGAAGCAAACCUCCUUCCUCAGUCCCUGGCACAGAGGUCCCAGCCCAGUGCCUGAUGUCCAGAGCAGCCAGCACUGCUGCAACUGGGGUUUGUGGAACCCCUGGCAGGGCAGAUGGCAAGCCAAGACUGACGGAGCCAUAGGGACUGAAUCCCUCCACCCCGGUCCAUGCCUAGCAGGAUGGUCCCUUGCCCUGCCCCUGCCAGUGCUGCAGUCUUCUCUAGGUCAGCUGAGCACUUCCGUUUCCAAGGCUGCCCAUCUUGGUGGGACCUGCCAUCCACCAAUAAAGACCCCCAAUAGACAGACCCUCUCUCAUGAUUAAAUCUCUUUGGUCCCCGCAGCCAUUGCACUGCUCAGCCCCCAGCUCUGCUCUGACUGCUCCACGUCCCCUGCUGCUGCUCAGCCCAGGCCAGAAAGGAGGGUCCUCCAGUCUCUGAGAGCAACCCACAGCCAAGCUGUGCAUCAGGGGAAGCUCCCAGCCCCUCCGCUUCCAGCCAGGGCUUGGAAGAGCAGCCAGCGGUGAGGGGGUCUUUGAGGUAGCAGUGGCAACGCGCAGGAGAGCACACCUGCUGAUGGUCUGGCCCCCAUCGGACCUCCCCAGCUGCCACAAGCUUGGCCCAUAAGAAAGAUCAAAGAGCAGGAGUUGUGCCUGACACUGCCUGGCUGUGCAGCCAUUUCCCUUACCCUUACCCUUUUCCUUGGCAUGCCGGGUGAACUUUGGCACUUGUAUUCCACAGAAAAUACUGAUAUUUAGGCAUUUGCCAGCAAGUGGAAAUUCCGAAAUUUGACUGGAUACCGGGGAAAACUUCUUCACAGUUAGAACAGGGAGGCAGGGGAAUAGAUGCCUAGGGACGUUGCAGGUGUUCAAGAAGAGGCUGGGCAGGCAUGGGUCGGGGAUGAUCUAGGCAUAGCGAUGCCUGUGCUCUACCGUGGGUAUUUCUGGGCUUUGCUGGAUGCUGCAUGGGGCUGGGAGGGUAGUCUGCUUCUCCCCCCUUUUCUGCUACAGGUGCCAGGGUGUUUUCUAAGCUUUCUCCAGAGGCACUGGGUGUUCGCUGCAGGCUGUGGACUUUGGUUGGGGUGUGCCAAUGCUCCUGCUGGGACCAAAGCCGGUGGUUCCUGGCUAGAGGGUCUUGCCCCUCCGCUCAGGGUCAGACCGGUCACCACAUUUGGGACAGGAAGGAAGAUCACCCCAUGGUCAGAUUGGUACGGACUGUGUGGGGUGAGCUGCCUUCUUCCAUAGUGGGGGGAUGAGGGCUUGGUCCUCUACCUGGGACCCCUUGUGCAUAUAUUAAUAACCUCUCAUAGAAGCAGGACAUUGGGUGUUGUGGCCCCCCUGCUUUACCUGUCGGAGGUCCGGGUGUUAUUUCCCAUGUUGUGUCAGGGUUGACAGGAGUUUUGCGAAGAGGUUUGACAGUGGAUUUGUAUGGGAUGGUUUGGAUAGGGCUGAUCCUGCUGCAGGCAUGGGUUGCACUACAUGAUCCCUACCUCCCGGCCCUACUUCUCUGUGAUUCUAUGGAAAAAAAGCAGCCACGUGUGCUGCUCCCAAAGCAAAACCAGUUCCCAGGCCUCCAGCAGCCGUAGAGUGAAGUUUGCACUCGUAGCAGGUGUCGGUCAGCAGCUCCCAAGGUCUGCAGGCCUCAGGACAGACUUGCUAUGCAGGCAAGGGCACGGGAUCCCAGCGCUCCCAGACCAGCCAGCUCCCCAAAGAGCCCAACAUUUCCCCAGCCCUGACCACUCAUGUGGCAAGCUGGAUCUGGAGCGGUGAACCAGCCCAUCCCAAGUCCUCCAGACUCCCAGCAUCACGGGGUAAGCUGAUAAAUUGCUCAACCCACAGCUGCAGCCUUCAUGUUAACUAAAGUCCUUUUGAUAAUUUUCCCCACAAUAAGGCUCUUGGUCACGCGGCCCAGGCCAAAUCCCACUGGGGUCAUUGCAAUCUGCCUUCUUAAACACGCUCCACAUUGCAAUCUAUGAAUUUCUUCUCCUAGCCCUUGCUCCAUGGCAGCAUCCCCCUCCCCAGGCAAACAUGCACAUGGGCUUAGCUUUCAGCACCUCUUAACUCCCUCCGCCCAUCGUUUUUCUUCCCCUUCCCCACUCUUUUUAUGGUAAUCACUGCACCGAUUUAGCAGCUGGGCUUUUUGCAGGCCUGUUGCAGCACCUGAUGAAAUCAGCUGUUGCUUCCAAAAGCUGAACCUACACAUCUCUGAUUUGGCUGGUUUAUAGGAAGCUAUCCUGCCUGACUCCAAACGAAUCUGGCGAUCUACUUCUGAGCCCGGCCGGACCAAAAGGUGCUAUGACUCUGUGAUCCCACCAGAGGUCACUCGGUCCUCACAAAUCCAGGGGAGUUAGAUGGACAGGCACAAGGCAUACCUGCUCUCUCUAUCCCAGGGGCAAAUCCAGUUGGCCCACAAAGGACAAGGAUGCUCCAGCAAAGUUCACUGCUUGUUGGCUGCCUUCCCAACCCUCCUUCCUUCACAGACACCCCUGGCAAAUCCCCGGCUGCAAAUGCUGCUACCUUCCCCCAUGCAGUCUGCAAACCUGGUGGUUGUCUCUGUGCAGUAUGAGCUGGUAGAGUUAGGGCAGGGGAUCAUUUGUCUCCCACAGCCCUGCAGGCUUCACAUUUUCGCCGGUACGGUCCGUGGCUGGGAGUUGGAUACAGAGGAAACCUGUGCUCUGAACAAAGACCCAGCCCCUGCUAGGGGAACCCAUGGACACAGGGUGAUGAGGCUGGGAACCAGGAGGAUCCUGAGCACCGCUUUUCAGGUGUGGGCACCUCACUCCAUCACCAUCGUCAUCAUCACUGCAGCAGCACCUAAGAGCCCCAGUCCUGGACCAGGAAUCCACUGUGUAAGGCACUGUACAAACGUCCCUCCCAGCACCCCUGGGAGGUACACAGAUUGAAGUCAGUGGAGCUUUGUUGCUUUACACCAGAGGAGGAUCUGGAUCCAAACGUCUUGCCCACUUCCACAGCCUUUGCCUGGCUUAUGCUGCAUUGUCUUUGGCCAGGGACUGUGUCCAGAGGUUUUAAGGCCAGCCAAGAUGACGCUGGGCAGCAGGUGAUCUCCUGCAUAAACACAGGCUGGAGCGUCCCAGCCAGACGCAUUGCUCCUAACCUCUUCCUCGCAAUGGAGAGGUUCUGGCCAAGCCGGAGACAAGAAGACUUCCCCUCACACUGCACAGCUGGUGCCUCCUCCUCCUCAGGGACGUUUUCUGGGCAUGGAGAGCAGGAUUUAGCAUUGCCCCUACCUGUGUUAUCACUUGCUUUGGGCACUCAUCCUGCACCUCCUUCUCCCGGGCCCUCAACCCAGAGAGGAAACCCACCUAAAAGCCCCCUAGACUGGGAGAUCUGCUGACAUCAUCUGGGAGCUGCAUGGGGCAAAGGCCCUUUUUUUGCACCGUGUUGGUACCGCACCUUGUCCUGCAGCUUCCAGGUCCAGGACUGGGGCUCUUAGGUGCUGCUGCAGGGAUGAAGAUGUUGCUGCUGCUGAUCAUGAUGAUUACGGUGAUGCAAGCAGAUGAGGUCGCAAUUGGGCAGUUCUGUGGUUAUGAGACCGUUCGGAUGACAGCAGACCUUGGGGCUAAUCCUAUUUUGAUUAUCAGGGACCCUGAUUAAAUAAAAUGGCUAUGUUGUAAAAAUACAGAGGCUCUUCCUCACCACUUGAGUUCCAGCUCUGUCUUCCUUGUAUACCAGGAAUGAUACAUUGCCUUGAACAGAUCCUGAAACCAUUUGGCCCAGCCCACAGACAUGGGGCUUUGAUGGCCUUUGGCAUCAGGGAGUUUGCCCUAGCUUGUGGUGAAGUAGAGGGAGUUGUGACUAUCCUUCAGGAGAUAAACUACAAGUUCCUUCUUCUGGCAAUAGCAGCCGUGUUAUUCCCCCUGCACAGGUGUGCCAGCUGGGUUAGUCUUUGCUCUCUGCAGCACUUGUGAAAAAUGAAGGUGUCACAAGCACUCAUCUGACCACACAAUUGCAUAAGUUUCCAUCCUGUGGGGCUCAAAUUAGCAGCCGGCAAAACCUCCGUUGGCUUCAGUGAAGCAGGUUUGGGCUUCAAGAAGCCUUCGGACUUAGUUAUCUGCAGGGCUGCUUCUCUUCUAGUUGUUUUGCAGAGAGGGUUUUUCCUGCCAGCAUAUUUCCAUCACCUUCCUGAAGAUGGAAGUCGGCUGACAGAAGCCAUCUAUUAGGUUUUGUCAAAGUAGCUACAGUGCCAAGGGAGCGGGACCUUUAUGUCCGCAAGACUCUGCAGAGUAGAGCUGGCCUCUGCCCCCAAGAAUUGAAAGCCAACCCAGGAAACCGAUGCAUGCAGCUUGUGUGAGUUCAUCGCACAAGGAAAUGCUGGAGCUGAUUCCCACACCAACAGCAGCGCUACGGCUAGGGGGACCAUCUGGG